GUACAAAAUUAAUGUAGUUAGCUUGCAUUAGCUGAUGCUCUAUACAAGCGAAUGGCUGAUAGAGAUCAAUAUGCAAAGUCAAUGGAAAGUUAUUGCCACACUGGUAUAUGUGUUGCUACAGACUAGAGUUGAUGCAAGCCCGCAACAAGAUGGCUAUCAGCUAUACAAAGAUGGGCAGACAUCAGAGGACGGACUUAAUACGGAUGACGAGUUCUUGUUUGCGGAUGACUGGACACAAUCACUGAUAGAGCCACACAUUUUAUGGUCCAAAGGAGACCUCCGAUUAAUGGUGAAUGAUGAAGUGGUUGGUACAGGUGCAGGACGAUUGGAGAUGUACCUUGGCAGUAAUUACAUGUCUGAUGGCAGUGGUGAGGUUGAGUCCGAGGGUUCAUGGGGGACAGUGUGUGGUGAUGAGUUCUCACUCGCAGCUGCUAACGUGGCUUGUCGACAGAUGGGGUUCAAAUAUGCUACCGGCUGGAAUUACACGAUCUAUACACCGUAUGGUUCUGCAAAUGACAGUAUGCCUAUAGCUGUGAGUGACAUAUCGUGUUCAGCUUCUUAUUUCUGGCAUUUUAUGCGUUGUGAUGUCGAUUACGGAAACUUAGACGAGGACUGCAGUCAUCGGCAAGAUGUGGCAGUGUUUUGCAGUGUUGAGAAUAUUUGGGAGGCUCCUUAUCAGGGGCAAGUUCGCCUGAUGAACUCUUUAACGAACACCACCAUACAUUCGUACGGGCGUGUAGAGGUCUACCAGAAUGGCCAGUGGGGUACAGUCUGUAACAAAGGUUUCAGUCAGGAGGGGGCUGACUCUGUGUGUCGACAACUGGGCUACACAGGGGCUGUGUUCACUGGAAGUGCAUUCCCUGGUAGUGGAGCUAUUCACGUGAAGGACCUCACUUGUGAUUCCUCUCAGUCAUGUUUCACCGAUUGCUUCCAACCUCACGUCCUCAUCCAUGACUGUAACCACACGAUGGAUGUGGCCAUUCAAUGCCAAUUUGACUUAAGUGAAGCCGAAGAGUAUUCUGCUGGAUACAAGAGCAACUGUGCAAUCAACAAGUUUCCGCUGUUGAUAGUACUGUUUGGUGUGAUAUUGGGCCUAGCUGCGGUGUUUAUGGUGGGAUGUGUUGUAGUGCUCAUGGUGUCCAUUACAAGAUGCUGCUACAAGUGUCGCUCUAAGAAGAAUCGCUACGAAGAGUUGUACUAGCUAGACACCCAGAAAAAUUAUUUACUGUUUUGUUUUUAGCUUAUUGUGUAUAUCUUUUUGUCUAUUGUGAUAAUAUAAUUGAAGCAAA